AUGCCUCUGCUCCAUGCAUUUGCCUACGGAUAUGUCUUCCCGUGCCUGCCUGCUAACCGGCCCGUCUCGCCUGCUCCAGUGGCCUCCCAGCAUUCGCUCUCGGUGGCUGCGUCGCGGCCAGUGGUCAAGGUCCACGGGUUUGUGGUCCGGUCGACGGAUGCGCCUUUCGAGCCGCUGCGCCUGAUCUCGCCAGCGGAGCUGGGGAAGUUGGCCGACCGGCCCCUGCACGAGGUGACCUUCCGGGCGGUCUUCCGGCUGCCGGUUCACCUGGACGAGGAGGGGGCAUUGGAUUCGGCCGAGACGACCGGCUCUGCGGCGCUGGAGCACCUGGCCCGGCGGUUCUUCCACCGGAGCCGGGCCUUCUUCCUGGAACAGAACAUCCUUGUGCGCAUGGUCGAGGAGCAUGGCAUCCAUGUUGGCCACACGGUUCGGCUGCGUUUCCUCCAGCACGUGCCAGCCAAUGAGGCGGCCCGGCUGUCCACGGUGUCCGAGGCCGUGGACGGAUCGCCAGCCCCCGAGGACCCGCUGCCGGCCGAGGACCCGAACGCCACCAUCUGUGGCCUGGAAGUUCGGUGGAGCUUUGAGGACGAUGAUGUCGUGUCGGCGAUCGCCGGGCGGGCGGUUCGGUGGCUCGCACCGUAG